AGACAAGGUCUCACUAUGUUACCCAGGCUGGUCUGAAACUCCUGGACUCAAGAGAUCCUCCUGCCUUGGUCACCCAAAGUGCUGGGAUUACAGGCAUGAGGCACUACACCCAGAUCUUGUCCUUAUUUCCUGUAUCCCAGGCAAUUUGCCAAACAAGGGAUGAGGGUGAGCAAAGGAAUAUCAAACGCAUGCCUUGCUCUCAAAAGCUCAUGGUCCAAAAGGGAUGAAAAAGUGUGUUUUUCCAGUUCAAGCCAGCCCGUUCCAGGGCCUUUUCUGCAGCAAACAUGCCACGUGCACCCACAGAUCUCAGUAGAGGAGACUCCAAUUCCCCAGACUCGCUGGCCUGUACCAAGCACUGGCCCCAUGCAGACAUUCCCAGGAUGGCUGCCCAUCAGGCAGCCCUGCCCUCCAAGCUCACAGCCACUCUGCUGUCCAGCUCACAGCAGAGAUGACACAUUUAGGUUGGGCUUCCCCACCAUGGGGCCUUAAUGUCAUCAUUUGUAAAGCGAGGAUUGCUUGGUUGUGUUAGGACUUGAGAUCCUGGAUGUGAACUGCCCCCACGGGCCGGGCACCUGAAUGUGUUCUGUGAAUGGGGGCAGGACUGCUACAGGUGGUAGCUGUAGCUCAUGCGACUGCCCAGAAUGGCACUCAGCACACAGCUGGCACUCAAACGUUAGCAGCAAUAGUGCCCACAGCGCACUCUGGGAUCCAGAAGGGAGGGGCAAAGUUGGCUUCUGUCUCUUGGAGCUGUAGGAUCAGAGGUGGGCUCGGGGUGGGGUCCUUGCUUGCCCUGGGGUGUGCGGUCAAGUCUGCAGAGGUCUCUAGGUGGGAGGCUUCCUGCACCCUGCUGGCCUGGGCAGGAGGUGCUUCAGGCUUCAGUGGAGAAGGCUGGGAGACAGACAGGGCUCCUGCCUGCCUUCCUCUGGCUCAGCCCACCUUAGGGCCCAGCUGAGUGUGGCCGUGGUAUCCUCUCGAAUGAGGAAGGGGUGCAGUUGAAAUGGUGGUUGGCACCUAUGUGUCCCUUUUCCUGUUUUUAUGUCCCAGAAAUCCCCACCCUCAUUUCUUUAAUGGCUUUCUGUGGCCAGCCACGUCAAGAGGGGUCCACAGAGGCCUCACCCUGGCUAUAGCUCUUGAAUUGGGUUUUCACCUCACAGAGAGUGGGCCCCAUGUGGGCAGGACUGGUCCCACAAGAUGUCCUCAGAGCGGGCAGGUCCCCAAAACAAGAAGACGUACACUUCAAGGGCACAAUGCAGGUACAGCUCUAGAAUUCUCCAUUCUAGAUUCUGCCCCUCCUCUCCCUGAGCUAGCCCUCCCCCUGCCCAGUCCAGGGCUGUGCCAGCCCCCGCCCUGAGCUCGCAGCCCCAUCACUCCCUGCCUCUGCCGCAGUCCCAGCAAGUCUUCAGAAGCGUGGCUGCUGCCUCAAGAGCGACGCAGCUCCCACCCAGCGCCCCCCACCACCCUGGCCCCUGCCCUCUGACACAAGUCAGGCCUCAGUCGUGCCCCCCAAGGCUGGUGAAACUGGACCACCACACCCCCUCCCAUGCACUGCCCUCCAUGAAGGGCAGCAGCAGGCAGAAGCUGACUCAGAGAACCUUCACAGAGCAGGUACAUGAGGGCAAGGACAAUGGCUACCUGUUCCCCAAAGUGUACUUGGCCGAUGCCACCCACGAGUGCAUGCACCACAACCCCAAGCUGUCCUCCGAUCUGCAGGGCAAGCGCCACACCAUGAUAGCUGUCAAGAUCGUCUCCACAACCGAGGCCCCGGUGGAGUUUUCCCGCAAGCUCCUGCCCCGUGAGAUCUCCUCACUCAACACUACCUACAAGCACCUGAACGUGGGCUGGAGCCCAACCCCAUCCUGGAACCUGGAUCUGGUGCAGCUGUAUGAGGCCUAUCAGAGCAGCCAGCUCGUGCUGGAGCUAGUGGCCCAGGGCGACCUGCUGGAGCACAUCAACGCUGCGUUGGACCACCUCUGCCACCCAGGGCUGGAGGAGAAGGAAGUCCUUGGACUGUUCUGGCAGCUGGUCAGUGCCAUGGCACACUACCACAGCGUGGGCGUCGUGUACCAGAGAGGGCGGCACCUGGGUCGAUCGGACCUGAAGGGCGAGAACAUCCUGCUGGACGACCUCGGCCUUCUCAAGCUGACCGACAAGGCCCACCUCAUCCACACCCACACUCUUGCUUCUACACAGCCCGAGAUCCUUGUGAGCAGCGAGUAUAGCAAGGAGCAGGCUGACCUGUGGAGCCUAGGUGUCAUCCUCUAUGCCAUGGUGAGUAAGAAGCUGCCCUUCAAGGAGCCCCAGCCCCACUGCAUGCUGCACCUCAUGCACUGCGGUCCCACCUUCUGGCCAGGUCUGUUCCCAGAGAAGCAGGUGCAGUCCCAAUUCCCAGCAUCCAUGGAUGACCUGGAGCCUGGUACAGACUUAGAGCGCCAAUGGCCAGUCCUGUAG